AUGAGUAUUCCCAUGAAAGUACCCACUCCAACACCACCUGCAAAGGGAUCCUUCCCUCUGGAUCAUGAAGGACAGUGCAGAUAUGAAAUGUUGAAAUAUAUGCUUUGCUUGAAUGAGCAUAAGCAAAAGAUUGGUGAAUGUCGUAAUUUUGCAAAAAUUUAUUUCAAAUGUCGGAUGGACAAUGGAUUAAUGCAACAGGAGGAAUGGAAGUACCUCGGCUUCUCCGAUAAUGAUGAAACGUAA